AUGACCCACAGAGUCACGUGUCGUGGCUCAUUAAAUGUGCAUCAAGAGACAGACAAGUGCAUUAAUAGUGGCGACUUUAUCCGCCAGUGCCGAAUUAAAAACCCAAGGCCGACGGCGUCUGUAUUCAAUGCCUCAGCUUGCCAUCGCAGAGUGGCAACGGGGAGAUAG